AUGAAUACCGAAGAAAAUUGGCGAAGUUAUACUGAUAAAACGUACGUAAAAAUUAAACCUACGAAACAAUUGGAUAGUCAUAUUAAUAAAAUUCAAGAUAUGAAAGCGCAAUUAAACGUUGGGGAAUAUCAGCAUAGAAAACCAGGUGUGUCUCUUACACAAUUUCUACGAACAGAAUUAACAAGAGGCUAUCAGUUAGAAAAUGAUGAGGAAAGUUUCUCUGCAAGGAGAGAGAAACUUUAUUCAUUUAUGAAAAUUCCAAAAGAAGUUGAAAAAUUUAUGGCCUAUGGAUUUUUGCAAUGUGCAGAUUCUUUUCUAUUUGUUUAUACAUUUUUACCACUAAGAUUCAUGAUGGCACUAUGGACAAUGAUUACAAGACCCCUAUGGCACUGUCUUGGAAAGAAGAGGGAUUUAAGAGUUGGAGAGCGAUACCUAAGACCAGCAGAAAUGUGUGACCUUUUAAAAGGAAUCGUGGUGAUCAGCUGUUGGGCAGCUACAUGGAAGGUUGACACUUCGAUGAUGUACCAUUUGGUGAAAAGUCAGUCUGUGAUAAAACUCUACAUAUUUUAUAAUAUGUUGGAAGUCGGUGAUAAAUUAUUCAGUGCUUUUGGGCAAGAUAUAAUAGAUGCCCUUUUCUGGACAGCUACAGAGCCUAGAUCAAAGUCACAAGCAAGAUCUCAACAUUUGGGCAUCCUACCUCAUCUAUUGUUUGCUUUUACCUAUGUUUUAUUACACAGUAUUUUGGUACUUUUCCAAGCCACAACUUUGAAUGUUGCUAUAAACAGUAGCAACAAAGCUCUGCUCACUAUAAUGAUGUCUAAUAAUUUUGUAGAAUUGAAAGGUUCUGUAUUUAAGAAAUUUGACAAGAACAAUCUCUUUCAACUAUCUUGUGCAGACGUAAGGGAACGUUUUCAUUUAAUGAUGCUCCUUCUUGCUGUAAAUCUUCAAACAAUGAAGGAAUAUGCAUGGAAAGCUGAACGACUCGCAGUGCUUCUGCCAGAUUGUAUAAUGUUGCUCUCUGCUGAAGUCCUUGUAGAUUGGGUUAAACACGCCUUUAUAACUCGUUUCAAUGAACUUCAUUCAACAGUAUACAGAGAUUAUACUAUUAAAGUAGCCUAUGAUAUGGCUCAAACUCGGCAGGAGAGCGCCUUCUCUGAUCCAUCAGAUGUAGUAGCCCGUAGGAUGGGUUUUAUUCCCCUUCCUCUAGGAGUUGCAAUAGGAAGAGUUCUUUGUACAACUAUUACACCACCUGUUCAACCAGCCAAUAUAAUUUUGUUGCUUCUAGCCUAUUUUAUUCUGGUGACAUUCAAGAUCUUAAAUAGCUUGAUAAUUCUUGGCAAAGCAUGUGAUAUAAUCUUGUCACAUUCCAAAAAAUCGGACAAUAAAGUGACGUAUAAUUGUAUGGAAUAGUAUUUGAAUAUGAAAAAUAUGAAUAUGAAUAUGAAAAAAUUUAGAACAAAAUUGUAAUUAUGUUUUUAUAACAUUUUGUUCCUCUUCUUACUUGGGACUGGUAAUUGAUAAUUAUUGGACUAUAAAUUCAAUUAAGGACUGUAGUGUUUUACAGGAAAAGAUUUGAAUAUUAUUAUGUAUAUAAAAGAUGUAGAAAGAAAUAGUUCACAUUUAUACUUGUAUGAAAUAUUUAUAUUUAUUGAACCAGUGGUAUUUUUUAAUAUAUUAAAUAUUAGACGUACUUUUUUUCAUUAAGUAAUGUCUUAUGAAUAUUCUAUUGGCUUUGCUCCACAGACAGAACUUUUAGCUAAGUUUUUACCUGUGCAUCUUCGUUUAAAUUUCUUCUUCAUUUUAUACAAUGCAGAGGAUAAUUUAUUUUCUUCGUGCUUUGGAAAUGUGAUAUUGUACACUGGUAUGUUGCUGCGUUGUUUAUUUCUAGUCACAGGUGAUCGCAAAAUGUAUAGGUAGUUACUAGGAUCCAAGAAUGUUCUGAGUGUGGUAACUUUCUAAAAGUACAUAUGCAAUAUUCAUAGAAAUUAGUUGAUUUUAAUUUUAAUGUAUUUUAAAAAAUUUAUUUUAGAAAAAUUCCCUGGGUUAUCAUUGUAAUAUUUUGAAAUACAUGUUCUUUUAUGUAAUUUGAAAUAUUUUAUGUUUCAUGUUAUAUUUUACAUAAUCAAUUUGUAAAAAAAGAGCAACACAAUCAAUUCUGACUUCAUUGUGAUUUUCAAUUUAAAAUUAAUAAACAUAAAUAAGAAAAUA